ACCAACAUUACCUGGUCCUGGUGACUACCAAAUGCUACAGAGAAGGCCAUGGAUAGCGACAAGAAAAAAAUCUCUUGCCGACGCUGUCAACUCCGUAAAUUGAAAUGCACGAGAUUGUGCCCUUGCGACAACUGCGUGACCAGUGGUAACGAAUGCUCUUUUCGGGAUGAUGAUUUUCGACGUCGACCGGUCAGCCGCGCCUAUGUUGCUGCGCUCGAAGAACGGUUGGCCUCCUACGAGGCAACUAUACGGUCCAUGAAGCAAUCUCUAAGAAACCCGUCAUCACUCUUGUCAUCAACAUCUCUUACACAAACCUCGAUGACUGCUCCAGAUUCGGAGUGCGUUGGGCCGGACCUCAUAUUCGAUUACAGCGGCUCCUCUCGAGUAUCUACUUUGAUCCUGCAACAGAGCCCUCAAGGCAUGUAUAUCGACUCUUCAUAUCGUCACCGCUCAUUCUAUGGGCCUACUAGUAUAUAUCAAAAGGGGUGUGUCACAGGGUAUGCAAAUAGCGGUCAUCAAGGGCGGCGCAGCUCGACGUUUAACCAGUACCAGCAAGAUAUUCAUUUGUCAGGCAUUUUCAAAGUUGAUGACAUAAUACUCAAGGAAUCUUUGUCCAUGUUCUUCCGCCACCUCAAUGCCGAGUGUCCAUUCAUCGACGAACCGACCCUGGUUGGAGACUUCACCCAGAACAAGUACGAGGGCAAAUUCUGGUCAUACCCGCUUCUAUAUGCCAUUUGCUGCUUGGGUGCAAGGAUCUCGAAAGAUAAGCAGGUCUCGACAACUGUUGAAGCACUGGGGCCUUACGUCAAUAAGCUACUAAGCAUAAAGAGUCUCCAAAGUCCCCACAUCACCACAGUGCAGGCUUUUCUGUGUCUGUCGUUGUUCGAAUUCGGCGCAGGAAACAAUACCAAGGGCUGGAUACUGUCAGGCAUGGCAUUCCGGAUGGUACAAGACUUGGGACUUCACCAGGACCCCAAGUUCCUAGUAAAGGAUGACAAUACCAUCAACCUCAGCCAGGAUUCGCGGAUGAGGAGAAAGGUAUACUGGGGAUGCUAUGUUAUCGAUAAAGUCAUCAGUUUGUAUUUUGGGCGCCCCAUCUAUCUUCGGGAAGACGAUGCCUCCGUCGACCCUUUGGAUCUUCAAAAUGACCAAAUCAAUGCCAAAGAGACUCUAGAAACGCCAGGGGCGAACCCCGCCUUGUCGUCUCUAUUAACCGACAUCAUACCCUCAUCGCUCAUACUCAUCCAACUCGCCCAUCUUGGCAAAAUCAUCGAAUUGAUGAUGACAGAGGUAUUCUCAACUAGACUGAUCAAACUCCCCAGAAAGGAUCUCGUUACCCAUCGAGUGGCCAAGCUGGAGGAGUUGAACCUACGACUAUUUCAAUGGCAUACAGCUCUACCAGAGUUUCUCGCUUGGAGUCAAUGGACUCCAACAACUCAAAACUUACCACCGCAGCUUGCGAUUUUACAUGCACUGUAUCAUAGCUGCAUAAUAUCAUUGAACCGACACUUCAUCAAACCAACCCCAGGAUUUGCACGAAAAAGCCAGUCUCAAGAAAUCUGCAUCUCCUCUGCAGAUAGCAUCAUGGCCAUAACUCGGCAAUACCGCGCCCAGCAUUCGCUCACAACCGCACCGUUGAUCCUGGUAUACAGCUUAACAAUGGCAGUAACUGCAGUAACAUUCGCUCUUGACAACAGCACAACAUCUCCCCAAGGUAAUCAAGCUUCAGAACUUGGUCAACACAUGAACUUCCUUCUCAAGACACUCAAGGAAUGUUCUAAGACAUAUGAUGUUGCUCUUGAUAUUAGCGAGAAGCUGGAAAAGGGCACAUUUAGCAGGAAGAAGCGCUCGCAGGCCGAGGUGAACGAUUCGUCUUCAGAAGAUGAAGACAAUUCACGGGACGCUGGGCAAUCGUCAACAAAACCCAUAAUUCUCCAAGAAACAAUGCAGGCGGGAAUAGGAAGCUGGGUACCAUCGUGGUGGAACGACGAUGUUGUGGGCUUUGCAGAACCCAGUGAUGCCGAGGGAGAACUUGGGGUGAUGCCAUUUCCUGAGGAUCAAGAGGGUGACAUGGUCUCCAACUUCGAUUGGAGUAAUAUCUUGCUUUAGAUUAUUCAAAUUAAUAAAUUUUGGGUGUAACAAUCAUGAACACUACCCGGAUAGGACUACCAAAUCCGUUUCCGGAUUGGUGGGGACCGUAGACGGACCGUCAACUCCAUUUGAUGCUCGG